AUGACGUCCAUCUUCUCAAAGGUGUCAGAGCAGUAUGGCGAGCUGGUCAACUUCAUCAUUCGGCCUCCCCGCGACACCUACUCGGACGCAGAUUUGGGGCCAUCGACUUUUUUAAUGGCUGGCAGGCAAUACAAACGCACAGAUCUGGAGCUUAUCAACAGGAGAAGCAUGCGACUUCAGUGCAGCCAUUUUGAGCCGGUUUUGCCCCCCGGGAAGCGCAAAAAGCUACCUUGUGUGAUUUACCUGCACGGUAAUUGUUCUUCUCGGAUAGAAGCAAUGUCAGCCCUGCCAGUGCUGCUGCCUCAGAAUAUAACCGUGUUUGCUUUUGACUUUUCUGGCAGCGGCAGAUCGGACGGCCCGUAUAUAUCUCUAGGUUGGUGGGAACGAGACGACCUAGACACGGUAAUCGAGCAUUUGCGGUCCUUGGGUACGGUCUCCUCUGUUGGGCUUUGGGGCCGGAGUAUGGGUGCCGUGACGGCGCUGAUGCAUGCGCACAGAGAUCCUUCGAUAGGCGGAAUGGUGUUGGACUCUCCGUUUGCCGCCUUGAGGAGACUGGCUGAGGAGCUCUCGAGCGUUGUCAUGCAAUUCAAUGUGCCCAAAUUUGUCCUCUCCAUCCUCUUAUCCCUGGUGCGGAGCUCGAUCUUGAGUAAGGCCCAGUUCGAUAUCAACGUAAUCGCCCCCAUCGAUAACUUGGCCGAGGCAUAUAUUCCUGCCUUGUUUGUAUAUGGCCGGGAGGACAACUUCAUAUCCCCACAACACGUGAAGGACCUGUAUGCGGCAUACAGAGGCGACAAGAACAUUAUAGAUGUUGAGGGAGGCCACAACUCGCCCCGUCCUGCUUUCAUGCUGCACUCCGCCGCGAUAUUCUUUCGCAAUACGCUGGAUCCUCUGGCGCUCUCGAGAGCAGGUCGGGAAAGAACCGGCGAGACGAGGGAUCUCAGCGAGGAUGUAGAAGGCAGCAGAGGCAGCCCCUGCAAUGCACCAGUGAUCCCUGUCCAUCCGUUUGACGACGAAGCAUGGCAGAAACAUGCAGCAGCGGCAGCAGUGGCCGCCACUCCUGGUGCCGCAGCGGCACCUGCAGCUGCCGCAUCUGCGGCUGGAUCCACGCACCUGCCUGGGAGCCAGCAGCAGAAACAGCAGCAAGCAUUAUCCACGCACGUUCCAGCAGCACAAUCAAAGCGGGAAGAGCAUGCACAUAGGCAGUUGGAUGCAUGUGCCUGCAUAGGAAAAUCUGUCUCCGUGCAGGAAGCUACGUUGGCACGGUUGUGGCGACGUUUUUUACAAUGUGUAGAAGCACCCUCUUUGGUUCGAUGUUUCGUGUGCAGCAAGGUCAGCUUCUUGCGCUGGGGUACAGGAAAAGGCCGCCAGCAGUCCGCUGCGCAAGCGGCUGCUGGAAGCACUGACAGCAGCAGCAGCGCAGUCGUGACUGCGAACAGCGGGCAAGGAGCGGAACGCCAGCGGAAUGAUGAGGGCCUCAAUUCUGCUCCACAGGGAGCGACUGCAGCAGGCGAUGCUGCAACAGGCUCACAGGCAGAUGCAGUGAAGAGCAUGGCACCGCCUGAACCAUCAUUUCGAUUUUUCAAUAAUGAAGAUGGAAUGGAGACAACAGCCUUUAUUGAGGAUGAAGACGAUAUUUUGCAGCGCGCAAUUUCGAUAUCUCUGGAAGAAUUUAUCAGGGAGCAGCAACAGCAACUGCGGAAGGCCGCUGACCCCAACGCGAAACCGUAG